CACGCAGAAAAUGGCAGUUCUACUAUCAGCAGCAGCUAUUCCUUCGUCUACUUCUAACUUCAAUCUAAACCUGUCUAGCUGUAACACCAUUGAAGCAAAGCCAUCAUCAACACUUCAGCUUUUCACAGGCCUGAAUUAUAAAAACCACAAAUACAAGAAGAAAUGUUCCUAUGUUUCUUUAUCAGUACGAGGCAGUCAAUCAAUAACGCAAACAAUUCGCCAAAAAAAUGGAAAAAGUACAAGAAAAAGUGAUGGGAAAGUAAUAGUGAGUGAAGGAAGAGACGAUGAUGAAAAUUAUGGGCGUAUCUGCCCUGGUUGUGGAAUUUUUAUGCAAGAUAAGGACCAAAAUCUUCCUGGGUACUAUCAAAAAAGAAAGGUGGAAGUGUUAGAGGGUGAAGAAGAUGAUAAGAUUGAUGGGUUCGAUGAAGACGGUGAGGAUUUUAUGGAUGACAUUGAGGGUGAAUUAGAAGAAAGUGAUGGGGAAGAGGGGAAUUUAAAAAAUGAAGAUGGAAUUGAUUGGGAUUCAGAAGAAUGGGAAUCAGAUUUGGAAGAAGAUGAUGAUGAAUUGAAGGAGCUAGAUGGGUUUACACCGGCUGGUGUCGGUUAUGGUAACAUUACAGAGGAGUUGGUAAAUAAAGGAAAGAAAACGAGGGUGUCAAAAGCAGAUAGGAAAAGGAUGGCCAGGGAGGCUCAGAGAGAGAAAGAAGAGGUUACAGUUUGUGCUCGGUGUCAUUCACUGAGGAAUUACGGGAAGGUGAAGAAUCAAAUGGUUGAAAAUUUGAUACCCGAUUUUGAUUUUGAUCGGUUGAUCUCAACCAGGUUAAUGAAACCCACAGGGAAUGCUGAUGCUACAGUUGUGGUUAUGGUUGUUGAUUGUGUUGAUUUUGAUGGCUCAUUUCCCAAACGGGCAGUGAAGUCUUUAUUCAAGGCACUGGAAAGAAGCAAAGGUGAGUUCAAGCUUAGUAAGAAGUUGCCGAAGCUUGUUCUUGUGGCAACAAAGGUUGAUCUUCUGCCGUCUCAAAUUUCCCCUACAAGGUUAGAUAGAUGGGUUCGGCACCGUGCUAAGGCUAAUGGGGCACCUAAGCUAAGUGGGGUUUACUUGGUUAGUGCCCGUAAGGAUUUGGGUGUGAGGAAUUUGCUGUCUUUUGUCAAGGAGUCUGCUGGACCUAGAGGAAAUGUGUGGGUUAUUGGGGCUCAAAAUGCAGGUAAGUCUACAUUAAUAAAUGCAUUUGCUAAGAAAGAAGGGACGAAAGUCACAAAGCUUACAGAAGCUGCAGUCCCUGGGACAACACUUGGGAUCUUGAGAAUAGGAGGAAUAUUGUCUGCCAAAGCAAAGAUGUAUGACACUCCAGGGCUCCUACAUCCAUAUUUAAUGUCCAUGAGAUUGAAUAGAGAUGAACAGAAAAUGAUUGAGAUACGGAAGGAGCUACAACCUCAAACUUAUAGGAUCAAGGCAGGACAGGCCAUUCAUAUUGGUGGCUUAGUGAGGCUAGACCUUAAUCAGGCUUCUGUGGCAACAAUCUAUGUCACGAUUUGUGUGUCAUCUAAUGUUUCUUUACAUCUAGGGAAGCUAGAAAAUGCUGAUGAGACUUGGAGCAAGCACGCAGGAGUUAGGUUACAGCCUCCCAUUGGCGUGGAUAGAAUUUCUGAAUUGGGCGAAUGGGAAGAGAUGGAAGUCAAAGUGUCCGGAACAAGCUGGGAUGUGAACAGCAUUGACAUUGCAGUGGCUGGCCUAGGUUGGUUUUCUUUGGGGCUCAAAGGUGAAGCAAACUUGACUCUCUGGACAUAUGGUGGCAUUGAAACUACUUUGCGAGAACCUUUGGUACUUGACCGGGCACCAUUUCUUGAGAGACCUGGGUUUUGGCUACCAAAGGCCAUAUCAGAUGCCAUUGGAAACCAAAACAAGCUUGAUUCUCAAACAAGAAAGAAGUUUGAAGAGGAGAGCUCAAUAUCCCUUUCAGAAGUGUCUGCUUAAGAAUGAAAAAACAAUGAUCAAGUUGUCUCUCCUGUCGGCAACAAGAUACAUGCUUGAAGCUGGGAGAAACUAGAGGAAAUUAAUGGAAGAUGGGUCGGCAAGGAUCCAUCUGCAGGAAAAAAAAUGAGAUUAAUUUCUGCAGCCUAUCGUUUGGACACACGAAUGAAAUUGUCUUUCCCAACAGCACUAAACUGUCUGAGUUGUAGUGUUUGCAUGUAUAUAGUUGAAUCAAACAAAUUUCCCCGGAACCAAGUUGUUUUUUCCCUUCUAAUAUCGAAGGAACUAAGUGGAAAACUGUGAAGGCACUUGUUUUACCCCUGCAACGGCACAUGGAAUGGGAGAUCCUGUAAUGGAAUGCAGGCCCUUCAAAACCUACAGGAUUUUAGUACCUGAUAACCCUUGCUUAGCAGCCACUGGUAGAUGGUUCUGGGCCAAAUGGAAGGUUAGAUCACAUUAUCUUUUUUUUCCCUUCACAAAUAAUGAUUUAUUGGAGAGGAAGACUACGUUAUCU